CUGGAAGAUUUAAGCUUUGCUGAAUCCCGUGUGGGCAAACCAGCCUCUGAGGCCAGGACCGUCCUGCGGAUGGCUGAGAGUCCUCUUGGGCCUGGGGACUGCGAAAAGAUUUCAUCACCAGGAGGUUUUGGGGGACAUUACCAACCCACUUGUUUUCGUGGCUGCCUGCAGGUGAUGAUGGCUGUGUGAGCAUCUGCCAUGGCCAACCGGAAGCGUCAGAGCACGGCGAGCAGCAUGCUGGACCACAGGGCGAGGCCUGGCCCCGUCCCCCAUGGCCAGGAGCCUGAGAGUGAGGACGCAGAGCUGCCCCUGGCAGAGUACGUGCCCAAGGGCCUGGAGCUGUCCACCCUGCAACCCGAGAGCCCCACACCCCCAGACCAGGGGUGCCACGACCACAGCCCCGAUGGGGACUCCAGCUCCGACUAUGUGAACAACACCUCUGAGGAGGAGGAUUAUGAUGAGGGCCUCCCCGAGGAGGAGGAGGGCAUCACCUACUAUAUCCGCUACUGCCCCGAGGAUGACAGCUACCUGGAGGGCAUGGACUGCAACGGGGAGGGGUACCUGGCCCAUGGCACACGCCACCUGGAGACGGAUGAGUGCCAGGAGGCCGUGGAGGAGUGGACGGACUCGGCAGGCCCCCAUCCGCAUGGCCACGGGAACGAAGGCAGCCCGGACUACCGGGACGGCCACCUCCCCAUCCCGGAGGACGAGGCCUCCGUCCUGGAGGCCCAGGACCAGGAAGAAGGUGUCCACUACUGUCCCAGUGAAGAGGGCUACCAGGACUACUACCCCACAGAGGCCAAUGGGAACACGGGCACUGCCUCCCCCUAUCACCCGAGGCGUGGGGAUGGGGACCUGGAGGACCAGGAGGAGGACAUCGACCAGAUCGUGGCUGAGAUCAAGAUGAGUCUGAGCAUGACCAGCAUCACCAGCGCCGGUGAGGCCAGCCCUGAACACGCGCUGGUGCGGGGACCCGAGCCGGGGCCCGGGGACUCCACAGAGGCCUGCCCACCCAGUGAGGCCAGCCACGGCCCUAGCAGACAUGAGGGAAGGCCCAAAUCGCUGAACCUCCCUCCUGAGGCCAAGCACUCCGGAGACCUCCAGAGAGGCUUCAAGACCAAGUCCAGAACUCCAGAGGAGAGGCCAAAGUGGCCCCAAGAGCAGGUUUGCAAUGGCUUGGAGCAGCCAAGGAAGCAGCAGCGUUCUGAUCUCAAUGGACCCGUGGACAAUAACAACAUCCCAGAGACAAAGAAGGUGGCAUCAUUUCCAAGUUUUGUGGCUGUUCCAGGGCCCUGCGAACCAGAAGACCUCAUUGAUGGGAUCAUCUUUGCUGCCAACUACCUGGGGUCCACCCAGCUGCUCUCAGAACGUAACCCUUCCAAAAACAUCAGAAUGAUGCAGGCACAGGAGGCCGUCAGCCGGGUCAAGAGGAUGCAAAAGGCUGCUAAAAUCAAGAAAAAAGCGAAUUCGGAGGGGGAUGCCCAGACUCUGACCGAAGUGGAUCUCUUCAUCUCCACCCAGAGGAUCAAGGUGUUAAAUGCGGACACACAGGAAACCAUGAUGGACCAUGCCUUGCGCACCAUCUCCUAUAUCGCAGACAUUGGGAACAUCGUGGUGCUGAUGGCCAGGCGCCGCAUGCCCCGGUCGGCCUCUCAGGACUGCAUUGAGACCACCCCCGGGGCCCAGGAGGGGAAGAAGCAGUACAAGAUGAUUUGCCACGUGUUCGAGUCUGAGGAUGCCCAGCUGAUCGCACAGUCCAUCGGCCAGGCCUUUAGCGUGGCCUACCAGGAGUUCCUGCGGGCUAACGGCAUCAACCCAGAAGACCUGAGCCAGAAAGAGUACAGCGACAUCAUCAAUACCCAGGAGAUGUACAACGAUGAUCUCAUCCACUUCUCGAACUCAGAGAACCGCAAGGAGCUGCAGCUGGAGAAGCACAAGGGGGAGAUCCUGGGUGUGGUGGUGGUGGAGUCAGGCUGGGGCUCCAUCCUGCCUACAGUGAUCCUGGCGAACAUGAUGAAUGGCGGCCCAGCUGCCCGCUCAGGGAAGCUGAGCAUCGGGGACCAGAUCAUGUCCAUCAACGGCACCAGUCUGGUGGGGCUGCCCCUCGCCACCUGCCAGGGCAUCAUCAAGGGUCUAAAGAACCAGACGCAGGUGAAACUCAACAUCGUCAGCUGUCCGCCAGUCACCACGGUCCUCAUCAAGCGGCCUGACCUCAAGUACCAGCUGGGCUUCAGCGUGCAGAACGGGAUCAUCUGCAGCCUCAUGAGAGGGGGCAUCGCAGAGCGAGGAGGCGUCCGAGUCGGCCACCGCAUCAUUGAGAUCAACGGGCAGAGUGUAGUGGCCACAGCCCAUGAGAAGAUAGUCCAGGCUCUUUCUAACUCAGUUGGAGAGAUCCACAUGAAGACCAUGCCUGCGGCCAUGUUCAGGCUCCUCACGGGCCAGGAGACCCCGUUGUACAUCUAGGCCCACCCAGCCUGCACCGCCCAGCCCACCUGGGUUCAGAGGAGCUGGACAGCUGGACCCAGGACUUGACCCCUGACCCCACAGCCCACCCAAGGACACUGGCUUCUCUGAAGGGUGUGCCCUCACGACCCACUUUUUUUUUUUUUUUUUGGACAAAAAGGGGUAUCUUUUCAUCCAAGGAGAGUCACAGGAACCAAUCUGUGUAGAACAGUCAAGUGUUUUGCCGCAUUCUGACCCAUUUCCUCACUGCGACGGACAAGGGUGUUUGUCUGUAGCUCUGUGUGGUGUGGAGUGUGUCUUUCCUCCCUGAAGCCGUGGAGAGCGGACGUGGGCGCUUGCGGACACGGCCGUGGAGGGGCCCCGCGAGGACAGCAAGCUCUGGGGGGCCAGUGACCGUCCCUUCUGCCCGGCCCUCCCCCCGUCUGGGGGCCCGGGGUGCCUCGGGGGAGGGCACCCUGACAGUCCCGAACAGCCCCGAAUGGGCCGAUUCUGCCGCUGCGGCCGGCUCUCGGGGUGUGACUUGUAAGUGACGUCUGGGAACAUGUGAUUGUAUUUAAAGAGGAGGGAGACGUUCCUGAGUUAAAUAAAAGAUGAUGGCUACAACACAGAAACUCCAUAUUUAUUUAGAUAAUCUCACGGUUUUGACUUUGACAAGCCAUUCUUCAGACUCCAGGGUUUUCAGAUGACCGGUCGCGAUGCCUGCAGCUCCUGUCCUCCCCUCGAGGCCACCCCUUCCCCCCCAGACCCCACCUGCCGGGACACACUGGCUCCUUCUCCCAGGGACGGGGGGCACAGCUUCUGCCCUCUAUUUAAAAAUCUCUGUCUACACACACGCAUUCACACACGAGCUCCCUCCCCCACCCCCCAAAACCAAAACCACCCUGGGAAUCUCUGCCAUUCCAGGGGCAGCCAGUGGUGAGCGCAGAUCACUGGGCGAGCCAGGCGUCACCGCAAGAAGUAUUACAGCGUGUGUAAAUACGGUGAAACGUAGUCUAGUUCAGUUCCUUCGAGGUCAAUGUUAACCGACGUCAUUUUGUCUGGAAGUCUCUUUUUUUGGCCCAGGCCUUGAAGAAUACACUGUGACUUAAGAAGCCUUACCAUGCAGUAACUAAAGCUUUAGGAUUACUGUAUUCAAGGAGUGACCUGUGUGUUGCAUGCAGCCGACCUUAGGAAGACUCGCUAAUAUCACUAAUAAACUGAAGUCAUAAUAAAAAA